AUGAAUCCAACUCUGACCAUUGCUCUCUCCCUGCUCUCCCUAUCCCAUGCGGACCUUCUUUUCCCAUUUUCCUUAUCAGAUGAUGUGAUAAGCUAUCAGGCUCUGUUGGAAGCACCCAGUAGCAAUAAUUCAUUUUGUCAAGAUAUUCAAUUGAAUUAUUGUCAGUAUCAGUUUGGUCAAACUUUCGGACUCGAUGACUCGGUUAGCUAUAAAAAUGGAACAAUGAUUUAUAAUGCAGUGAACGCUCUAUUGAAUUCUAACGUCACAGAAGCCCGAUCCAAUUUCCAUGCCUGUCUUGGACCGACUUAUUAUACGUGCCUGAACCUUCACAAUCGAGUCAGUGAUACCACAUUUGAAAAUGCUUUCGACUAUGUCAGAACUUUCCGAGGACUCGAAUGGCUCUGUGGAGGAGGUUACAAGGAUGUGAUCCACGAGUUUGAUUGUAUCAAAACUGGAACAUUCUCUGGCGUCUACCAAUCAUGUAUCAACACUUUCAACCAAACCGUAUUCCCCGACAGCAGUUUCUGCGGAUCUGUUCAAACUGCUGGUAACUGUUUGCAUGAUGCUUAUGCUGAAGUUUGUGGACUCGAUAAUGGUGGUCAUUUUGCAUGUGAAAACUUCCGUUUCAACUUCGACAACGCUUGCAAACAAAUGAGAUGUCAACUCAACUAG